AUGUCCCUUGUGCGAACCCGUAGUUGUCCUCACUGCUCGCCGUCGUUCUCCCGGAAGUGGCGCCCAGUGUGGAAGAUGUGGGCGCUGAGGGCACCGCCGUUCGUCUUCUCCCGGGGCCCCCGGUGGGCCUGGUGCUUGACGCGCGGGGCGGCGUCGGCGGGGCCCAGCCGAGGCGCGAAGGCCAGCCCAGACUCUCCGUACAGGGAGACGGUUAUCUUGCCCCGAAGCGAUUUCCCCGUCCAGCUCCCCGGCCGCUUGCAACCCGAAACGGAGUUGGAGAUACAGCAGAAAUGUGGCUUUUCAGAACUGUAUUCAUGGCAAAGACAAAGGAAAACAAAGAAAGAAUUCUGUCUUCAUGAUGGACCACCAUAUGCCAAUGGAGACCCACAUGUUGGCCACGCUUUGAACAAAAUUUUGAAAGACAUCACGAAUCGAUUUCAUAUGAUGAGGGACUAUGUGGUGCAUUAUGUGCCUGGCUGGGAUUGCCAUGGGCUCCCCAUUGAGUUGAAGGCAUUGUCAGAAUGCGAGGAAGAUGAUCUUUCACCAAUGGAAAUCAGACAAAAGGCCACAGAAUUUGCAGAAAAAGUAAUUGAAAAACAGAAAUCAGCCUUUAUUCGCUGGGGCAUAAUGGCAGAUUGGGAUAACUGCUACCACACAUUUGAUAAGAAGUAUGAAGCCAAACAACUACAUAUUUUUCACCAAAUGUUUGAUAAGGGUUAUGUUUAUCAGGACUAUAAACCAGUGUUCUGGUCUCCUUCAACGAAUACAGCCUUGGCCGAAGCAGAACUUGAAUACAAUCAACAGCAUGUGAGUCGCUCAGUUUAUAUCAAGUUUCCAUUGUCAAAACCACCCCCAAAACUGUCGUCAGUGAUAGAUGGAUUACCUGCUGUGAAUUUGAUAAUCUGGACCACACAAGCCUGGACUAUUCCAUCCAAUCAAGCUGUGUGUUAUAUGCCAAAUUCAGAGUACUCAAUUGUAAAGUGCACAGAUACUGGGGAACACUUCAUCAUAGCUUCUGACAGAGUUCAGUCUACAGCUGCUCUUUUGGAUACACAGUUUGAUGUGAUUUCAACAUUUAAAGGAACAGAUUUUGAAAACGGUAUGUGCUCACAUCCUACAAUCCCUGGAAAGCAGUCUCCUCUCCUACCUGCAAACCAUGUGACAAUGUCAAAAGGAACAGGAUUAGUUCAUACAGCCCCAGCUCAUGGUAUGGAAGAUUUCGGUGUUGCUUCUCAUCACCAACUACCCAUGGACUGUCUAGUGGAUGAGAAGGGACGUUUCACAGAAGCAGCAGGUUCUGAACUUCAGAAGAAAGCUGUUCUUGAAGAAGGAAACGAAGCUGUCAUUCAGAUGCUUCAAGGAGCAAAGAACUUACUAAAAGAAGAGAAGUGUGUUCAUAGCUAUCCCUAUGACUGGAGGACAAAAAAACCAGUGAUUAUUCGUGCCAGCAAACAGUGGUUCAUUAAUACAGCAAAUCUCAAGUCUGCUGCUCAGGAGGCAUUAAAGAAAGUAAAAUGUGUGCCAGCCUCAGCAAUGAAUAGAAUGCUAGAAAUGCUGGACAGAAGAACAUACUGGUGUAUAUCGAGACAGAGGCGCUGGGGUGUGCCCAUUCCAGUUUUUUACCACAAGACAACAGGAAAUCCUUUAAUAAAUAAAAAAAGCAUUGAAAAUGUUAUUAAGGUGGUGGAGCAGCAUGGCAGUGAUGCCUGGUGGACUCUUCCUAUUGAGCAGCUGCUUUCCAGUGAUGCACUGGCAAAGGCUGAUAGCCAUGAUAUCAACGAUUACAUACAAGGCCAAGAUGUCUUGGAUAUAUGGUUUGAUAGUGGCACAUCCUGGGCACAUGUUCUGGAAGAUGCAGGUAUAACGGCAGAUUUAUACUUGGAAGGGAAAGACCAGCUGGGAGGCUGGUUUCAGUCAUCUCUCCUGACUAGUGUGGCAGUACGAAAGAAAGCACCAUACAAGGCCCUUGUGGUUCACGGAUUCACUCUGGGUGAAAAAGGAGAAAAGAUGUCUAAAUCAAUUGGCAAUGUGGUGGACCCCGAUGUAGUAAUCAACGGAGGCAAUGACCACAGCAUUGACCCUCCCUACGGAGCCGAUAUUCUGCGCUGGUGGGUGGCAGAGUCAAAUAUCUACACGGAAGUGUUGAUCGGACCAGCUGUGCUCAACUCUGCACGGGACGACAUCAACAAGCUUCGGAACACACUCCGGUUUUUGUUGGGCAAUCUUGCAAGCUUCAGUCCAGAAACAGACUCAAUCCCCACCUCAGAUAUGUAUUUAAUUGACCAGUAUAUACUCCACUUGCUGCACGGCUAUGCAACCAAGGUUACUCAGGCAUAUAAGGAGUACGACUAUGGAAAAGUUAUCCGAUUACUGGAAGCCUUCCAUACGAGAGAGCUGUCUAGUUUUUACUUUAGUAUAGUCAAAGACAGACUUUAUUGUGAAGAAGAAAAAGAUCCAAAACGCCGUUCAUGUCAAACAGCUUUAGCAGCAGUUUUGGACACCAUGGUUCGUUCUUUUGCACCAAUCCUUCCACAUCUAGCUGAAGAGGUGUUUCAAUAUCUUCCUUAUAGGAAAGAGUCAGAUAGUGUGUUUCGUUCUGGAUGGAUGAACACAAGCCCUGUGUGGAAGAAGCCAGGCUUGGAAGAAGCCGUAGAAGGAGCCUGUGCCAUGCGGGAUGCUUUCUUGGGUUCCAUUGCAGGGAAGAAUGCUUUGGAGUAUCAGGUGGUCCUCGUAAUUGAGCCUGGAUUGCUCUUUGAAUUAAUGGAGGUGCUACAGCAUGAGGAGUGUUCUAGUACAUCCCAGCUAAAUGAAAUAAUGAUGGCAUCACAGACAACGCUGCUGGCUGAAGUGCCUCGCGAGAUGGCAACUGAUGAUAUGAUUCAAGGAACAUUUUUGAUAAACUUAGAAGGUGGUGAUAUCCGAGAAGAGUCCACCUAUAAAGUCAUAGUUCUACCAGCUGCCAAAUUAAAAUGCCUCCGCUGCCGAAGGUACACAGCAGAUUCCACAGACACACCCUGUGCGCGUUGUAGGGAAGUACUCAAUGGGAAAUGAUGCACUUUUGAAAUGGCCGCCAUGCAAUUAGGGAAGUAACUAGACUCAUUUUUUCUGGAAAACAUGAAAGUAUGUAUGGAGAAAACAGAGUUUAUUUGAAGACGGGAGGUGAGCUGGAGAGAAGUUUGAAAUUGGAUCCUGUAUAUAUAUUGGCUUGUAUACUUAAUAAAGUGCUUCUUGGCUCUCUCA